AUGGGCGGGGCCUUGGCCAACCCUGUUGUCACGAGCCGAUCUCAAGCCGCCGAGGCCGAAAUAGAAACGCUUUCCCAAGAUGAUGGCGUUGGUAUUGAAUGGACAGGCUCCAUCUUCCCCGGUGAAGAUCCUGUUACAUUAUAUGGCACCGUCGAGGUUAUCCUUGCGGCAAUCCUAGCCUUGAAUCCAAAUUACCAGCCCGAUCCAUUAUCCACAUCUUCCGACAUUUCCUCGGGGAGUGAGCCCUCCUGGGAACUCAGCAUCGGUAACGAGUCCGCCUCCGACAUAGAGAAGAGACAGGCGGUCACGUACUCUGUGGGCUGUGCGCCCAUGGCCACGGCUCUCAAGCCAGGGAUGGGGGAAUUCAACGACGGCACUUCGAUUCCUUGCCGAGAUGCUGCCGUGAUGCUCACGUGGAUGCAUGAUAGGUGCUGCCGCUACUCAUUUGGCAUCUCAGCCCACGUUUACCCGUCUCAUCGGGACUAUAGCGUGUGGCUUGGCUACGGAAACUGCAACCAUGCGGUGAAUAGGCGACCCUCGACCUAUCCGUACCCUGGUGAACAAGAAGCGCUCGCGCACCACCACGAGACCACCCAAGAGGAAGCCCUCCCCAAUACGAGUUAUCCGACCCAGCCCCGUGCCCGCAGCCCCACCCCUCCUUCGUCGGGAAAAGCAGCGGGCCCGACCGCCGAAGAGCCCUUCAACUUCCCAUCCGACGCGCCGCCCCCAGCCUACACGCCCCAGCAGGGUUCCUCCUCCUCCUCCUCCCGCGCGAAACCCAUCGCCAUCCCCCAAAACGGCUCGGGCGCCAUCUCGCCCUUCAUCCUCGCCUACCCGCCCUCGCUGCUCGCGCACGGCAUCACGAGCGAGGGCUGGUACGCGUUCCAGCGCACCAUCUCGGCGUUCCUGACCGCCAACGUCUGA